GUAUAUGCGACAAGCUCACCUUCUCGUUUACCAACUCCCGUAGGAUUCGAUACCCCGCGCUUCCCGACAUACAUGAUGGGGGUUAGACGCGCACCGUAUGCCGCGUAGGUUCAUACCUACCUAACCUACCUAACCUAACCUAAGGCAAGGUAGACAUCGUUCGAUGUAACCGUGGGGACGAGGAUUAGGAUACCUGCUACGGUCACUGGCGACGCUUUGGUGCAGUUUGCAUGAUGCAGUACCAUACUGCGUAUCCGGCCAGCACGCCGGAACGCCAGGAAUGGAAGGUUAUUUCCACCUUUUCCACCUGAACGGACACGAGAGCCGGUCACGACCAUAGGGCAGGUCCAAGACAUGUCUCUCCCUCUCGCUCCUACUUACCACUUGGAGACUAUCUCGACGCGUUUAUCUUAUCACCCCGGACGAAUUCUUGUCCCCGGAUUGUUUAUCUCAACCAUGGGGUCGUCAGGCGCAUCGUCACCCUCCCUGGAAUGCAUUGAUUGCCAGGGUAACUGUUUAUGAAGUUAGGAUAUAAUAUAGGGAGCAUAUCACAUUCGUUUAUUUUCCUUAUUCUCCGUCUUGCUCUCAGCGGCAAGAAACUUGAGUCGUCGCCAUGCCUUCGUUCGGCUUGCGCUCGUAUUCGAUCGCUUUUAUUGCCUUGGCAACGGCCCUGGGCAGUGAUGCCGCUGCCGCGGCCCCGGCUGCCGACAUAGAUCCUCUUUCGUACGUGGAUCAAUUGAUCGGAAGUCGAAAUGGAGGAAAUAUCUUUCCUGGUGCCACAAUCCCUUACGGCAUGGCAAAAGCUGUCGCAGACACUACCAGUGGAAGUAAUCAGGGAGGGUUCACGCUUGACGGGGCACCGAUCUCUGGUUUCUCGGCGCUGCACGACUCGGGAACUGGAGGCUCGCCGUCCUUGGGGAAUUUCCCACUCUUCCCGUACGCGAGCUGCCCAGGUGAUGAUAUUGAUCGAUGCGAUUUCCCCAAGAAGACCCGUGCCAGCCACGGCCAAUUUGACCAGAGUAAGGUGGUGGCGCGCCCGGGGUAUUUUGAGGUUACUCUUAACUCCGGCGUUAAAGCUGCCAUGACCGCCAGUAAACAUGCUGCGCUGUUUCAAUUCACCUUCCCUGCAUCGGACGGGAACACCUCGCAUCCUCUCAUUUUACAAGAUCUAACAGACCUUUCCGACUCGCGCCAAGAUAACGGUACCGUUUCCGUUGAUGAGAAAACUGGAAGAAUCACUGGAAGUGCCCUUUUCCAGUCAAGCUUCAGCCAGGGAAAAUAUGUAGCUUACUUCUGUACCGACUUUUCGGGCCCUGAAAUAUUCGACAAUGGCAUUUUCGUAAAUAGUAGGGCUACCACAGAUGCCAAAAAUUUGACAAUUUCUAGAUCGAUUAACGGAUAUCCUCUUCCUGGAGGAGCUUUUGUUCGAUUUGCGUCAACAGCUACACCCGUCCUUGCUCGCGUGGGUUUGAGUUUCAUAAGCUCCGAACAAGCGUGCUCAAAUGGCGAGGCCGAAAUUCCGGACUACAAGUUCGAUGAGCUCGAGCAGGCUGCUGCUGAUGCUUGGAGGCAGAAACUCAGUCCAGUCACUAUCACGCCAGGUGGGGUAGAUGAUAAUCAGAUCAAGAACUUCUACAGUGGUAUAUAUCGCACAAUGGUGAACCCUCAAAACUACACCGGAGAGAACCCUAUAUUCAACACGGGCGAGCCUUAUUUUGAUUCAUUCUAUUGCCUCUGGGAUAGUUUCAGGAGUCAAAUCCCAUUUCUCACACUGAUAGAUCCAGAUGCAGUUGCUGAGAUGAUUCGCUCCUUGAUUGAUACAUACAGAUACGAGGGCUGGUUGCCAGAUUGCCGUAUGACUUUCUCCAAAGGCUACACGCAGGGUGGCUCGAAUGCUGAUGUAGUCUUGGCGGAUGGAUAUCUCAAAGGGAUUAAAGCUGGUAUUGAUUGGGACGUGGGAUAUGAGGCUGUCAUAAAGGAUGCUGAAGUUGAGCCAUUCGAUUGGUCCAGCCAUGGACGCGGCGGCAUUGACAGCUGGAAACGCCUCGGAUAUAUUCCUGUGCAAGACCUUGACUGGAAAGGCUUUGGAACCAUGACCAGAUCCAUCUCUCGAACUCUUGAAUAUAGCUACAACGACUUCGUCAUCGCUCAGAUGUCGCAACUAAGGAACAAUAGUGCUGAUGCCGAGAAAUAUUUGCAGUCUAGCGAUAAUUGGAAGAACUUGUACAAGGAAGACCAAACCUCCAAAUUCGCCAACGGCCAAGAUACAGGAUUCAAGGGUUUCUACGCACCUAAAUAUCUUAACGGUACUUGGGGUGAACAGGACCCUCUACUAUGUAGUAAUAUCGACAACUCUGGCGCCGCCUGCUCUCUUCAAAACACGGCACACGAAACCUUUGAGAGCAGCAUCUGGGAGUAUGGCUUUUUCGUACCACACAACCAAGGUGACCUGAUUACCCUUUACGGAGGCCCAGCCGAAUACGUCCGCCGCCUUGAUUUCCUGCAUGAUCAGAACAUUACCUAUAUUGGGAACGAGCCAGCUUUCCUGACUGUAUUUCAGUACCACUAUGCUGGUCGGCCGGCUUUGUCAGCGCGGCGUGCACAUUUCUACAUUCCUCGGUUCUUCGAUACCACUCCUGAAGGUCUUCCAGGAAACGACGACAGCGGCGCGAUGGGGUCAUUUGUGGCUUUCUCCAUGAUGGGCUUAUUCCCAAACCCCGGGCAAAACGUGUACCUUAUAAUCCCUCCAUUCUUCGAGAGUGUGAAUAUUACACACCCCCAAACCGGCAAAACAGCAACUAUCCGCAACGUCAACUUCGAUCCCUCCUACGAAGGCAUCUACAUCCAGAGCGCAACGCUCGACGGAGAGCCAUACACGAAGAACUGGAUUGACCACAGCUUCUUCACAGAAGGCAAGGAACUUGUUCUUACGUUAGGGAAGAAUGAAAGCUCCUGGGGUACAGCUGUCAAAGACCUGCCACCGAGUAUAGGAGAGUACGUCGGAUUCAACGAGACUGCAUCUAGAAGGAGAGGAGUACCAAACAUAGGUACAAGAUACAACUCAGGCUUUAGCCAAGGCGGGCCAAGACUCAACUGAUAGAGUUUAGACCGAGUAUACCAAAAGUUGUACCUAGAGAAACAAGACUAUUAUAAGUAGUAAUACCAAAAUCUAUACGAUUUCAUAUAUGUAUUGAUACUUACCUACCUCUACCGAGGCUAAUUUCAAAUAUAAGAGAUAGUCAUAUAUAGCAAGAUACAUACAACGC